AAAAAAUUUUAAAAAUAAUAAAACAGAAAAUAUAUUCAAAAUAAAAAUGAAAAUUUACUUAAUUUUAAUUAUUGUUUUGAUUUAUUCUAUUGCUGUUAUAAUGGCUGAAACAAAUAAAGAAAUUAAAGGAAUGGAAGGUCAUGGGGAAGAGAAUGUUGACAUGGCUGACAUUGAAAGCCCAGUUCUUGGAUAUUUCCGUGUACGCCGUAGAUGUCUUCCACUAAGCUGUAUUGGAAACUGUGGCUCUGGAAAAUGCCCUUAUUGGUGUAAUCUUUGUUAUGGCAAAUAUAUUAUAAAUAUAUUAUAA